AUGAAAUAUAUAAUACAAAAAUAUACAAUAAUACGAAUAAGCAAAAUUGAAAAACCAUUAGAAUUAAUAUUAAAUACACCAGUGUAUUUACAAAAAUUGUCAGACACAGAAUCGGUAUUCGCUAACGAUUACAAAAAACUUAUUAAACAGUUUGAAAAGAAUGCAUUUUUAGAUGAUAUAAAUGAUCUGGAUGAUGAUGAAAUUGAAGUGGUGGAAGAGGAAAAUAAUCAAAAUAUAGAUUUAUCAUCAAGUCAAUUGGAUCUUCAGAAAACAAUAUUUUGUCGUGCUAUAAGAAUGGUUCAUGAAAGUCAACUUCCUAAAAGUGAUGGAGAAAAUUAUUUUUUGGAUAGAAUGUCACCAAACGAAAUAUAUUUAUUAAGAUAUUCUGAAAUCAAACAUUUAUUAUUAGAAGGUUACGUGGAACUUAUAUAA